GGAGGAGGAGGAGGAGGAGGAGGAGGAGGAGUAGGAGGGAGCAGCGAGAUUAGGGUAGGCCCCAGCAAUGGCUUUGCUUAGGAUGGCCAUGACACGAUCAACAAGACCCAACCCCACCUCCCUCUCUCUCUCUCUCAUCAGUCAUCACCAUCCUCCUCCUCUGACCUCUCUCUCCACCAGUCCACCAUGUCCCUCUCUCUCUCUUUCUCUUUCUCCUCCCAGCCCCACACCUCUGAUCUCCACUCCCCACCCCCACACACCCCGCGCCUGCCGCGCACGUGCACACUCCCCGCCGCCGCCGCCGCCGCCGCCGUCCUCCGCUCCGGCGAACGCACGCCGCCGCCGUCUAUCGUCAGCGCUGCAUGAGACCAAGCGAGCAAGGCAGACGUAGUAUAGAUAUAGUAUCAAGAUAGCUUCUUUUUCCUCAGGGAAGAAUUGAAGCACCAUGGACGCGCCGUCGAGCAGCACGAGCACCAGCACCAACAGCAGCCGGAGCGCCUCCGAACAGCACCAGCACCAGCAGCACCGCGCGGCGGGGCAGCCGCACCAGCACCACCACCCGUUCUACUACACCGCCGCGCCGGGGGGCGGCGCGGCGGCUGCUGCUGCUGCUGCCAACGCGGCCGGGAUGCCGCAGUUCAUGGGGUCGCUGGCCAUCGUACAGGCCCCCGCGACCGGCGCCGGCGCCGGGGAGGUGCAGCUGGCGCAUGCGGCGCCGGAGUCCGGAUCGUCCGGCGGCGGCGCGGAGAAGAAAGCCGUGGCGCCGGCUCCGGCGAAGCGGCCGACCAAGGACCGGCACACCAAGGUGGAGGGGCGCGGGCGGCGGAUACGGAUGCCGGCGCUGUGCGCGGCGCGGGUGUUCCAGCUCACGCGGGAGCUGGGCCACAAGACCGACGGCGAGACCAUCGAGUGGCUGCUCCAGCAGGCGGAGCCGGCCAUCGUCGCCGCCACGGGCACGGGCACCAUCCCGUCCAACUUCUCCUCCCUCGCCGUCUCCCUCCGCUCCGGCGCCUCGCACCCCUCCCGCGCCGCGGCCGCCUUCCACCACGGCCUCCCGCCGCCGCACCACGAGGUCGCGGCCAUGCUCGGCUGGAACCACGGCCACCACCACCAGCAGCAGUUCCUCCCGCCGCCGCCGCAGCAGCAGCAGGCGCCGCAAGAUCCCGGCGCCGGGGAGUUCAUGAGGAAGCGCUACAGGGACGGCGCCGACGACCUGUUCAAGGACGCCGCCGCCGCCGCACGGCAGAACCCCGACGACGGCGGCGGCGGGGAGGGCGAGGAGCACAAGGCCCGCGUGGCGCCGCCAGCCGGGGCAAUGUGGGCCGUGGCGCCGCCGCCCAACAGCUCCGCCGCCGGCGGCGCCUUCUGGAUGCAGCCCGCGUGGGCGUUCGGCGCCGGCGCCGGCGCCAGCAUGGUGCAGGCGCCGCUCCAGUUCAUGUCCACAAGAAGCAGCAACAACAACAACUUCCCCGGCGGCGGAGCCACGAUGGACGCCAACAUCGGCAUGCUCGCCGCCCUCAACGCCAGCGGCGGCGUCCAGCAGCAGCAGCAGCAGGAGCAGGAAGGGCAGCCUCCGGAGAUGGCCCAGCGCCACCGCACCGGCGCCGGCGCGAACGGCGGCGGCGCCGGCCGUGGCGCCGCGAGCCCCCAGUAAGCAAGGGCGGCCGAGCCAUCUGAGAACGAAGGUGAUGGAUCGGAAUCGAUCGCAUGAUGAGAGCAAGCUGCGUGCUGCUGCUUGGUGCUGGUGCAAAGCAUUUGGCAAUUAGGGCAGGGAUUAGUGGCUCGAUUAGGUGAUUGCUACUGCUCUUGGUAGUUGAUCCAUUGGUUGCUUAGUUUAUUCUUGAAGGAUUAUUUUUAGUUUGCUCUUUGAUUAAUUUAUGAUUGUGCUGAUGGGAGUGAUGAUUAGCUGUGGGUCAGAUUAGAUCAGAAAAGAUCAGACUGUCAAUUCUUCUCAUGUUUAUGGUGCCAAAAAGAUUAUUGCUGAGAGAUUAGUACAGUCAUUGCUUUUUGCUACCUA